UUCAUCUGGAUGAAUGGAACAUGUGUGUGCAGACAUGGCCCCCACCCUCCCCUCUGCGCCCAUCCACAACAACAGCAGCAGCACUCACCCACAUCAGCACAGAGACAUGGGUACUGCGAGAGAAAGGAUCAGUGUGGAGGCCGGGGGGAAUCCAAGAGAUCGGUGGAGACGAUCGCCCUUCAAUCUCAACCAUUAUGCCACCAAGAAGAGCCUGGCGGAAAGCAUGCUGGACGUGGCGCUCUUUAUGGCGAACGCCACUCAGCUGAAGGCGGUUCUUGAGCAGGGGCCGAGCUUCACCUACUAUGUCACCCUCAUCACCCUCAUCAGUCUGUCGCUGGCUCUGCAGCUGGUCAUCGGAAUCCUUCUCAUUGUCAUCGCUCGGAGGAAUCUGAACGACGUUUCCAAGCAGCAGACUCUGGAUGUGAUAAAUAAUGUGGCCACCGCGCUUGUGUUUAUCACCCUUCUCAUCAACAUCUUUAUCACAGCGUUCGGGGUGCAGAAGACGGGCCUGUACCCUUCCAGGGGGCCGCGGGAGGUGCAAUGAGAGCACACACAGAUCUACCCCCCGAUGUUCCUGUCCUCCCUCCUGGAUCUGAUCUUCUAACAAUCCAUCAACUACAAAUGUUCACAGUUCUCAUUACUAUUAUAAAUAUUAUUAAAUAGACUUAACGAGUGUGUGGCUUCUUCUUCAUUAAC